GCGGCGGAGGACGGGACGAGCGGACUGAACCCGGACUGAACCCGGCCGGAACCCGGAUAGAACCGGGACGGAACCCGGAGCGGCCUGCCGGUGGUGCUGCUAGCCUCCCCGGGUGUAGCCACACAGGCUAACCGCAGCUAGCUGAGCAGUGACCCCGCAGUCCGAGCCCCGGCGCCGGGCACAUGCAGCGGGUCUGACCGGGGAGCAGGAGGAGGAUGGCGGAGCAGGAUGCCCCGCCGGAGGGCUUGCACGGCCCGGGCCCACGGAGCUCCUCGGACGGGACCGGACACGCUGACAGCCCGGACGAGACCUUGUCCCCGACCUCGGUGAUUUACUUCAGGGAGGCGCUGAGCUCCGCGAACGUCCGGUUCGGGAAGCCGGGCUCCGGGAAGCCGGGCUCCGGGUCCCCGGCUCCGCUGCGGCACUACGACUUCCAGAUCGAGAGGAUCGAGUCCAAGCGCAGGAGCAAGAAUCCCAAGGAUCCCAUCGCGAUUGAAAGGCUGAACCUGAUGAACAUGGCCAAGCUGAGCAUCAAGGGCCUGAUCGAAUCUGCUCUGAACCUGGGACGCACACUGGACUCCGACUACGCUCCGCUCCAGCAGUUCUUUGUGGUGAUGGAGCACUGUCUGAAGCACGGCCUGAAAACUAAGAAGACCUUCCUGGGGCAGAACAAGUCCUUCUGGGGGGCGUUGGAGUUGGUGGAGAAGCUGACGCCUGAAGCAGGAGAGAUCACUGCCAGCGUCAAAGACCUGCCGGGCCUCAAAACUCCUCUAGGAAGAGGUCGGGCCUGGUUACGACUCGCUCUGAUGCAGAAGAAGCUCUCAGACUACAUGAAGACCAUCAUCAACAGGAAGGACCUGCUCAGUGAAUUCUACGAGGCCAAUGCUCUGAUGAUGGAGGAGGAAGGAGCCGUCAUCGCCGGGCUGCUCGUUGGACUGAACGUCAUCGACGCCAAUCUGUGCAUGAAGGGAGAGGACCUGGACUCGCAGGUCGGAGUGAUCGAUUUCUCCAUGUACCUCAAAGAUGGAGGCCACAGCAGUAAGAGUGCAGAGGGUGACGGUCAGAUCACAGCGAUUCUCGAUCAGAAGAAUUACGUCGAGGAGCUGAACAGACAUUUAAGUGCUUCAGUAAAUAACCUCCAGGCCAAGGUGGACGCUCUGGAAAAGUCCAACACGAAGCUCACAGAGGAGCUUGCCGUGGCAAAUAACAGGAUCAUCACUCUACAAGAAGACGUGGAGCGAGUACAAGAGGAGAGCUCGUAUCAGCUGGAGUCCAGAAAGGCUCUAAGAAACGACUCGGCACCAGAUGGACAAGCGCUCGGUGAAACACGCAAGCAGCUCAAAGAGGAAACUGUGCUCAGAUUGGACGUGGAGAAGGAGCUGGAGGUGCAGAUCGGGAUGAAGCAGGAGAUGGAGCUGUCGAUGAAGAUGCUGGAGAAGGACAUCUGUGAGAAGCAGGACGCUCUGGUGGAUCUCAGGCAGCAGCUGGAGGAUCUUCGUGCCAUCAACCAACAGCUCAGCCACAAGUCACAGAGCACAGAGGCCAGCUCGAAACAGAAGAGUGAGGUCAUCUCUCGCCUGGAGGAGAAAAUCAACCAGAUGUCUGGGACAGUAAAACAGCUGGAGAGCAGAUGCAAGCAGGCGGAGCGGGAGCGGGAGCUGGCGCUGGAGGCCAACCGGCUCUUCAAGCAGGAGUUCGGAGACAAGAUCGAGAGUCUGCAGGCGGAGGUGGAGCAGCUGAGGAGGAGCAGGUCGAACCUGGAUCACGAGCUGAGGAGAGAGCGAGAGCGGCAUCAUCUCGUCGCUGGUCCCAGACCUCCCAGUCCUCCGAGGCAGAGGAGACUCACAGAGAACUCAACCAACCAGCUCCCAGAUUCUCCGUCAGGGAAAAGAGACAUUGAGGCGCUUCACGUUGGACACGAGGACAGAACCAGUCUGAGCUCCAGUUUAUCUUUGUCUCAUCACGAGGAUGAACAGGAGGAGUCGUUGGUGGAGAUCAACGAGCCGUCCGUGUGCACCAUGUGUGAGCAGGACGACUCCCUCCUGAAGACUAAGAAACAGUGUAAGAACUGCAGCGGCGUCUUCUGUGAGAGCUGCGUGUCCAACGAGCUGCCGCUGGCGUCCUCCAUCCUCCCAGAGACGGUGUGCGUCCCCUGCUACUCGCUGCUGCUGCAGCAGUACGCCUCCACGCCAACAUGAACGCACUCCGACACGCCGGACACCCGAGGCAUCGACGUGUGAAAACUGGCACCGCCAAGAAAUGCACUUUUUCACUCCUGAACUCUGUGGAAUCUUUUAAUUACUUUUAAUCCAGCGGUGUCCAGAUGUUCCACGGAGAGCUGAGCAGGUUUCUAUUUAAAUCAGAUGCUGUUGUGGUUAUAAAACCUCGGGUGUGGAGCUGCUGUGGUGUUUUUCAUUUAAUUAGAAACCUGCACUUCCUCAGCUCCAAGUGGUCGGGCAUUAUGAAAAUCAUCUCAUUUAGAAACUGACUUUCCACAGUGUCCACUGAGUGGACUGAGGGGUCAAAGGUCAACUGACAAUGCUUUUAACCAAGAUUUUUAAAAGAUGCAAAAGGAAAAACUGGAUUUUCACAACACAUCAGAUUUAAUCAUGAACAUCAGAAUAUGAUGCAAGUGCUGAUUAAUGAAAUGUGACUGUACAGAUGAAGAUAAAACUCUUUUGAACACAGAUAUUAUUCGUGUCUGUAAGAGACUUUUUGUGUAAAAAGUCUUUUACACAAUAUGAAAGUCAGAAAAUGUUUAUUUAACUCAAUUGAGUUUAGAGUCUUGCAAAAUUUGCUAAAUCCAUGCAAAAUUUAAAUAAUUACACAGAAUAUCAUCUCAUGUUUUAUCCCAGUAUUGAUGUUUUCAGUCUGAAUCUGUUGGAGAUUAAAUAUGAGGCAUCUGUCUGCAGAUGAGUAGCUUAGCUUAGCAUAAAGACUUGAAACGGGUGGGAACAGCUAGCAUGGCUCUGUCUUCUAUCCUGGCUUUGCAUAAAAAACAAAAUGUUACACGGGACAGUUUGAGGAUUAAUGUUGAUUGUUAAUUUUCCUCAAUUUAUUAACACUAUGGAUAAAAGAGGCUUUUCUGUGUUUGCAAUAAAGCAAAUUAAUCAUUUCCCUAAAAGUCAAAUGACUCCUUCAGGUUCACAGGUGAAGAUCAUACGUUUAUGAUUUAUGAUUUAUCAUUCUGGGUAUAAUGUUUCACUGCAAUAACUAACGUUUCGUAGAAUCUGCUGCUUUUAGGUUCCAAUGGCAUUCUGAGUUUUUCUGGGCACUUUUAAAAAGCACAUGUCUGGUUUGAAGAGGACAAAUCAACAUAUCAGCUGUUUUUAUGUAUUAUUGGUUCAUAUGAGGGGGAGGAGUCAGAGGCUGGAUCCAGACAAACCGGUUGAUUUCUCUCAUUGGAGCCAAGUAACAUGUGGAAAUGCUUCUGAGAUCAAUAAACUUUUAUUCUAUUUUAA